AGAGAGCAAAGUUGCUUUUGAUUUCACAACAAGCGAAAUCGCUGAGCAGGCAAAAAUCGACGCCAGUUGCCCCCCAGUCAUCAAACGAUUGGGGCCUGAAAUCGUUAUUGAAGCUGCCCCGUUCCCGGCGUUUGGAACCCAAACAAACCCAAGAAUCCGGCGACAAAAUGACGCAGAUGUCGGAUGAACAGUUUCGCAUAUUCAUCGAAACUAUUAAAUCGCUGGCGCCGAUCAAGGAGGAACCGCCAUCCAAGGGCAGCUUCAGCAACUGCACGGUGAAAUUCAGUGGCCAGCGGGAUCACGAUGCCGUGGACGAGUUCAUCAAUGCCGUGGAGACGUACAAGGAUGUGGAGGGCAUCAGCGAUAGGGAUGCGCUGAAGGGUCUGCCGCUGCUCUUCAAAGGCGUUGCGGUGAUGUGGUGGAAGGGUGUGCGCCGGGAUGUCAAUACCUGGCCGGAGGCCCUCCAGCUGCUGCGCGAUCACUUCUCGCCCACCAAACCCGCCUACCAGAUCUACAUUGAGAUCUUCGAGACGAAGCAGGCCCACAGCGAGGUAAUCGACUCAUUUGUGUGCAAGCAGCGAGCCCUCCUGGCCAAGUUGCCGGAGGGACGGCACAACGAGGAGACGGAGCUGGACUUCAUCUACGGGCUGAUGCAGCCCAAAUACCGGGACAGCAUUCCGCGCCACGAGAUCAAGACCUUCCGGGAGCUACUCGAUCGGGGCCGUAACGUGGAGCGCACAAAGUACUGAAGCUAAUAAAAUUAUUUAAAAUUAGGCAAUAAGCUCGGAUUACAAUAAAAAAAAAAUCUGCCUUUUUUGGGCAGAAUGAA